AUGCUCCGCGUCGCGACUGCCACCCUCCGCCGCCGGUCCCGCGUCGUCCGCGCUGCCUUUGCCUCGUCGCUCUUCGAGACGCCGGCCACGCCUCUGGUCCGGUACCGGUCGCACUCGGCCGUGCUAGAGAAGUACGCGCCCAUGUACACCAAGUCGGCCAAGCGCACGCGUGCCGACGAAGACGACGAAGACGAGAACAUGGGCCCGAACCCGACGCUCAACGUGAACCGCGUCGCGUUUAUCGGUGGCGGCAACAUGGCCGAGGCCAUCAUUACGGGCAUGAUGACACAGGAGCUCUUGCCGCCGAGCCAGGUCCUCGUCUCGGCGCCGAGCCCGGAAACACGCGACAAGUUUGACCAAAUGCACGUCGAGACCGUCGAUAAGAACAAGAAGGCGCUCGUCGGCGCCGACGUGGUGAUCGUCGCCGUCAAACCCCAAGUGCUCAAGCAAGCGGUCUUUGAGGAUUUGAAAAAGUAUCUCGACCCAAAUGCGCUCGUCAUCUCGAUCGUGGCCGGCGUCACGAUCGAUGCGUACAAGAAGGAGCUCGGCCCCGACACGUGCAUUGUGCGGUCGAUGCCCAACACGCCUGCCAUGAUUGGCGAAGGCAUCACGGUCUGGACGCAGUCAUCCAACGUCAGCGACGUCCAGCAUGAUCUCACAAAGAAAAUCCUCGGCGCGUUUGGCAAGCAAGUGUUUGUCGCGGACGAGAAGAACCUCGAUAUGGCCACGGCGCUCUCGGGCUCGGGUCCAGCCUAUUUUUUCCUUGUCGCCGAAGCCAUGAUCGACGCCGGUGUCCACAUGGGCUUUAGCCGCACGGUUGCGCAGAAACUGGUGCAGCAGACGAUGCUCGGGUCGGCGCUGUACAUGCAGUCGUCAGGCUUGCACCCAGUCGUGCUUCGCAACAACAUUACGAGUCCCGGUGGCACGACCGCCGCCGCCAUGUACCGUGCGGAGAAGAAUGGGUUCCGCGCUGUGAUUGCCGACUCGAUUUGGGCGGCUUACGACCGCUCCAAGGAGCUCGGCGCGCAGGCCGAAGCCAAGUCCCACGACCAUUGA